AUGGAAACACAACAACCAACAUUAUUACAAGAUAAUAACAAUAAUAAUAAUAAUAAUAAUUAUAAUUUAAAUAUAGGUAAUAAUGAUAUAGUGAAUCAACAUCCACCACAAAUACAACAACAACAACAACAACAACAACAACAACAACAACCACCACAACAAUUAUUAGGACCAGAAGAUGGUUUACAAAUUGAUAAUUCAAGAGGUAUAACAGCAAAAGAAGAGAAAGAAAGAGGUAUAUUAAGAUUUGAAGUUAUAACAAAUGAUAGUAGUUCAAAGAAUUUAGAAUUAUUAAUGAAUUUAAAGAAUGUAUUCUCUAAACAAUUACCAAAGAUGCCAAGAGAAUAUAUUGUUAGAUUAAUGUUUGAUAGAUUUCAUCAUUCAUUAUUGAUUAUUAAAAAUAACAAUGUAAUUGGUGGUAUUUGUUUUAGACCAUUUCAACAACAAGGUUUCAUAGAGAUUGCAUUUUGUGCAAUCACAAGCAGUGAACAAGUGAAAGGCUAUGGUUCAUUCCUAAUGACUCAUUUAAAAGAACAUAAUAGAAAAGUUGGAAUUUACCAUUUCCUAACGUUUGCAGAUAACUUUGCAAUUGAAUAUUUUCAAAAACAAGGAUUCACUCAUGAUAUAACAUUGCUAAAAGAGAAAUGGAAAGGUUUCAUCCAAGAGUAUGAUGGUGGUUCAUUAAUGGAGUGUGUUGUACACCCAAAUGUAACCUAUUUAGAUAUACCGACUAUGGUAAAAGCGCAGAGAAAUGCAUUGAAUGAAAAGAUUCGUACUAUUAGUACCUCACAUUUAGUUUAUUCAGGUUUACAAUGUUUUAAUCAUGGUCAAAGACGCAUACCCAUUGAAAAGAUACCUGGUAUAUUAGAAGCUGGUUGGAUUAAUAAUGUUGGAAAUGUUGAUCAACAACAACAACAAAUAAAUUCACUUCAACAACAAUUGGCAGUUGUAUUACAAAGUAUUAAAAAUCAUGAUGAUUCAUGGCCUUUUCUUCAACCAGUUUCAAUUGAAGAAGUACCAACCUAUUAUACAACUGUCAAAGAUCCUGUCGACCUUCAAAUGAUCUCUGAUCGUUUAGCAACUGGAAAUUAUUAUAUCACUAAAAAUAUCUUUUUAGCUGAUCUUAAAAGAAUGUGUAAUAAUUGUAGAGAAUUUAAUGGUGAAAAUUCACCUUAUUAUGAUAACGCAGAUCGUUUAGAAAAAUAUUGUAAAAAUUUAGUAAAUAAUUUAAAAAUUUAA